AUGGGGACGAAAGAUAGGACAUUCCGCGACACGCACACUGAGAGAAAGGGGGCCGUACGGCUACUGACUUUUGUCCUUAGCGAGCCCCUUGAAGGUCGCUUGGAGCCGUUCAUGUUUAAGACCCCUGGAAAAACCAUGCCGGCCGGGAGGCGGCCCGCGAGCGGAGCCGAGCAGCAGGCGGAGCAGAGCGCGUGUCAGGCUUCCCCGCCCGCCGGGGCACGCCAGGGCGAGGGCCGCCCGGAGGGGGGCGGAGAAUGGGCCGCCGAGGAGGAGCAGCCUCCCGCGGACGGACAAAGAGCCGGGCCCCGGCCGGCCGCCCAGUGCCAGGGCAACGCCGGGCCGGGGGGCCACAGGGACCGGCCCCCCGGGGGGGGCGAGGAGGAAGGGCGGCAGCGGCAGCUGGGCAAGAAGAAGCACAGGCGGCGCCCCUCCAAGAAGAAGCGGCACUGGAAGCCCUAUUACAAGCUCACCUGGGAGGAGAAGAAGUUGUUCGAUGAGAGGCAAAGCCAGCGGGCUUCCAGGCUCAGGGCGGAGAUGUUCGCCAAGGGGCAGCCGGUGGCGCCUUACAACACCACCCAGUUCCUGAUGGAGGAUCAUGACCAGGAGGAGCCGGAUCUUAAGACUGGCCUUUACCCCAAGAGAACUGCAGUGAAGUCAGAUGAUACCAGCCAGGAAGAUUUCCUGGAGGAGGCAGUAGACGAGGACGGGGGCAGCGACGGGAUGGGAGGCGACGGCAGUGAGUUUCUCCAGAGGGAUUUCUCAGAGACUUACGAGAGGUACCAUGUGGAGAGCCUGCAGAACAUGAGCAAGCAGGAGCUGAUCAAGGAGUACUUGGAGCUGGAAAAAUGCCUUUCCAGGAUGGAAGAUGAGAACAACAGGCUGAGGCUGGAAAGCAAAAAAUUUGUGGGGGGCUCCGCAGAGGAUCCUAGGGUAAGAGAACUAGAGCUGGAACUGGACAGGUUGAGAGCUGAGAACCUGAAGCUGUUGAAAGAGAAUGAACUUCACAGACAACAGGAGAAAUCUCUUUCCAAGUUUGGAGAGUGAAACUUUUGGGGAUGGGUGGGUGGGGGGUGGGAAUUUUUACAUUGAUGGAAUGUAACAUUAUAUACAUGUGUAUAUAAAAGACAGUGGAUCCUUUUUUAUGAUACAUAAUCAGAAUAAACCACAACCUUGUAUUGUUUUUGAAGCUAUAGCCAUAGUGUAGUGUGUGUUCUGUUAACUAUGUGCAACUGAGAAUCCCCCCCCCCCCCCCCCCGUUUAAGAUAGCUGUGACUCAAGGGGAGGGGUGUGUCUUUUUGAUGUGCAAGUAAAUUUGACUCAACUUAUGAUGCAUUUUAUGUUUAAACCAAAAGGGGGAAAAAAUCCAGGGGGAGGGAAAAACCUAGGGAAUUGUAAAUCGGCCAAAUUCUGAAAACAAUAAAAUUCAUUAUAGAGUUCUAAUAAAUUUAAUUACUUGUAAAAGGAA